AUGGACCUAUAUGAUGAGCUUCCUGAUAGUAAUCUUCUAUAUGACGUAGAAUUCUCCUCGUUGUUAGAAGCAGCAAGAGUUUUUCAAGUUACUGUGCUAGAAUUUUUGAAGCUUUCUGCUCAGGAAUUGGCAAGAACUUUACAAAGAUCCGUGGUGGAAGUAUCGAAAUUUCAAAAUCUCUUACAAAAAGAUCUUGAUGAGCAAUAUGGGGUUCUGAACAAUGUGAACCAGUUGCGAGAAUGUGCAAUUCCUCAUCCCAUUACCACGGGCGAUAUUUCAAUUGAUGAGGCUCUUGGCGGUGGCAUUUUCACCAAAUGUAUAACAGAGGUAUUUGGUGAAAGUUCUACUGGAAAAUCCCAAUUUCUUAUGCAACUAUCCUUAGCAGUCCAAAUGCCAAAAGAUUGUGGGGGGGCUGAAGCAAAAUGUGUUUAUAUUACUACAGAAGGGGAUUUGCCGACCCAAAGAAUUCAAGACAUGAUUGAAAGCAGAGAAGAAUUUAAAAAGAGUUCUAUUUCACAAUCUAACAUUUACACAGUCAGUUGUAACGAUUUGGUGACGCAGGAACAUAUAUUGAAUGUCCAGUUGCCCAUACUAUUGGAACAAAGUAAAGGUGCUAUAAAAUUAGUGAUUAUUGACUCUAUCUCGCACCAUAUGCGUGUCGAACUUGAGAGUAACAGUUUUAAGGAAUCUCAGGAUAAUAGGUACUAUGUUAGCAGAUUAGCUGAAGCUUUGCUGAAGCUAGCAAAUAAAUACAAUUUGGCAGUAGUUGUUGCCAAUCAAGUGGGAGAUAAACCAUUUAUUGAACUGACUGAACCCCAGCGGUAUCUAUUAAGUGAUUAUGAAUAUCAGUUAGGAUGGAUAGUCGGUUGGAAAGAUUCAACAAUCCUUUUUAGACAAAGGGCCUAUGAAGAGUUGAAAGCUAGCAGUCCAGGUAUUAUACCUAGCCAGAAAAAAUCUUUUCUUGAUAUUUUAUCCGAUGAUGAAGAUCAUAUGUUGAUAGAAAAGGAGGUCAGUAGAGUUCUUAAUGGCGAGAACUCAAGUGUUACUCGACAAGCAUCGAAGAGUACAUCUUCAUUAUCUAUACGGAAUGAAUCAUCUUCAGUGACAGACCUAGGUAAGGAACGAAAAUAUAUAUCAUCAAAGAGAAAGAGAAAGCUGGAUCACAGGGUUCCAAAUUUAGGAUUAUCCUGGGCAAAUUACGUAUCUACAAGAAUCCUUUUAAAGAAAUCUUAUAAAGCAGCACCGGUAAUACGAAGAGGAGAACUUCGUGUUUAUGGUAACAUAGAUCCAGCCUCCUUCUGGCAAGUGAAGAGAAUAUUCAAAAUCGUUUAUUCUACGUAUUGCAGACCUGAGGAGAUUUCAUAUAGUAUUACAAAGAAAGGGAUAGAAUCUGUUUGA